UGUAUAAAGGCGGGCGGGCUCGACUGCAAACCCUACUAGCCAGUGUCAGCCUCUCGGCGGGAGGAGGAAGAGGCGGCGGAGGAGGAGCAUAGGGAGGGCUGUCAAAUUCGGGAGCCAGAUUUUUUUCCCUUCCCCUGGCAAUCCCUUCCGCUUCCCCGGCUCCUGGCGUGACAUCUGUGGACCGGGAACCUGUAUGUGUGUGCGCGCGAAGGAGCAGAAGAAUGGCAGUGCUCAAACUCACCGACCAGCCACCACUGGUCCAAGCAAUCUUCAGUGGUGAUCCAGAGGAGAUACGGAUGCUCAUCCAUAAGACAGAAGAUGUGAACGCUCUGGAUUCUGAGAAGCGAACCCCGCUUCACGUGGCUGCGUUUCUGGGAGAUGCAGAGAUCAUUGAACUCCUGAUUCUGUCAGGAGCUCGUGUGAAUGCCAAGGACAACAUGUGGCUGACCCCGCUGCACCGGGCUGUUGCCUCCAGAAGUGAAGAAGCAGUGCAAGUUUUGAUUAAGCACUCGGCAGACGUCAACGCGAGGGACAAGAACUGGCAGACCCCGCUCCACGUGGCAGCCGCCAACAAGGCGGUCAAGUGCGCGGAGGUGAUCAUUCCCCUGCUGAGCAGCGUCAAUGUCUCCGACCGAGGGGGGCGCACAGCCUUGCACCAUGCCGCGCUGAACGGCCAUGUGGAGAUGGUCAACUUACUCUUGGCCAAAGGGGCAAACAUCAAUGCGUUUGACAAGAAGGACCGGCGUGCUCUGCACUGGGCAGCUUAUAUGGGCCACCUGGACGUAGUGGCGUUGCUCAUUAACCAUGGCGCAGAAGUGACCUGUAAGGAUAAGAAGGGCUACACUCCUCUGCAUGCCGCAGCCUCCAAUGGACAGAUCACCGUUGUCAAACAUCUCCUGAACCUGGGGGUGGAGAUUGAUGAGAUCAACGUGUAUGGAAACACCGCCCUCCACCUGGCCUGCUACAACGGGCAGGAUGCUGUCGUCAAUGAGCUGACCGACUACGGUGCUAACGUGAACCAGCCCAACAACAGCGGGUUCACCCCGUUGCAUUUUGCUGCUGCCUCCACGCACGGUGCUUUGUGUCUUGAACUGUUAGUGAACAACGGGGCAGACGUUAACAUCCAGAGUAAAGAUGGCAAAAGUCCGCUGCACAUGACAGCCGUCCACGGAAGGUUCACACGAUCUCAAACCCUCAUUCAGAAUGGAGGUGAAAUUGACUGUGUGGAUAAGGAUGGCAACACUCCUCUCCAUGUGGCUGCAAGAUACGGUCAUGAGCUUUUGAUUAACACCUUAAUAACCAGUGGAGCUGACACAGCCAAGUGUGGAAUCCAUAGCAUGUUCCCCUUACAUUUAGCUGCCCUCAAUGCUCACUCUGACUGCUGCAGAAAGUUAUUGUCAUCGGGCUUUGAAAUAGACACCCCAGAUAAAUUUGGAAGAACGUGCCUUCAUGCUGCUGCUGCAGGAGGUAAUGUGGAAUGUAUAAAACUCUUGCAGAGCAGCGGAGCAGAUUUCCAUAAAAAGGACAAGUGCGGGAGGACUCCUCUGCACUAUGCAGCUGCGAAUUGUCAUUUCCACUGUAUUGAGACAUUAGUGACCACAGGGGCCAGUGUUAAUGAAACAGAUGACUGGGGCCGUACUGCUUUGCACUAUGCUGCUGCAUCAGACAUGGAUAGAAAUAAGACUCUCUUAGGAAACGCCCAUGAAAAUUCAGAAGAACUUGAAAGAGCCAGAGAGCUGAAGGAAAAGGAAGCUGCACUAUGCCUAGAGUUUCUGCUUCAGAAUGAUGCAAAUCCAUCUAUCCGGGACAAGGAAGGUUACAAUAGCAUUCAUUAUGCUGCUGCCUAUGGCCACAGACAAUGUCUGGAAUUGCUUUUGGAAAGAACCAACAGUGUUUUUGAAGAAUCAGAUUCCGGUGCUACCAAGAGUCCGCUCCACUUAGCUGCCUACAAUGGGCACCACCAGGCCUUGGAAGUCCUUCUGCAGUCACUGGUGGACCUGGACAUCAGGGAUGAGAAAGGCCGCACGGCUCUGGACCUGGCUGCCUUUAAGGGACACACAGAAUGUGUGGAAGCACUUAUCAAUCAGGGUGCAUCCAUCUUUGUGAAAGACAAUGUAACCAAAAGAACCCCACUUCAUGCCUCAGUAAUUAAUGGUCACACACUGUGUUUGCGGCUGUUACUAGAAAUUGCAGACAACCCGGAAGUGGUUGAUGUGAAAGACGCCAAAGGACAAACCCCACUGAUGCUUGCAGUAGCGUAUGGACACAUUGAUGCUGUUUCGUUGUUACUUGAAAAGGAAGCAAAUGUAGAUGCUGUUGACAUCAUGGGCUGCACAGCUUUACACAGAGGGAUUAUGACGGGACAUGAGGAAUGUGUGCAAAUGCUGCUGGAACAAGAAGUGUCGAUCCUGUGUAAAGAUUCCAGAGGGCGGACACCCUUACACUAUGCGGCUGCUCGUGGCCACGCCACGUGGCUGAGCGAGUUGCUCCAGAUGGCACUUUCUGAGGAGGACUGCUCUUUCAAAGAUAACCAAGGCUACACGCCGCUGCACUGGGCUUGUUACAAUGGUAAUGAAAACUGUAUAGAGGUACUUUUGGAGCAAAAAUGUUUUCGAAAAUUUAUUGGUAAUCCCUUCACUCCACUGCACUGUGCAAUAAUAAAUGAUCACGAGAAUUGUGCAUCAUUGCUACUCGGGGCCAUAGAUUCCAAUAUUGUCAAUUGUAGAGAUGACAAAGGCAGGACACCGCUUCAUGCAGCAGCAUUUGCUGAUCACGUGGAGUGCUUGCAGCUUCUUCUGAGACACAACGCUCAAGUGAACGCAGCAGACAAUUCAGGGAAAACAGCACUAAUGAUGGCCGCUGAGAAUGGGCAGGCGGGAGCUGUGGAUAUUUUGGUGAACAGUGCCCAGGCUGACCUGACUGUAAAGGAUAAGGACUUGAACACGCCCUUACAUUUGGCUAGUAGUAAAGGUCAUGAAAAAUGUGCCUUGUUAAUACUUGACAAGAUACAAGACGAGAGCCUUAUUAAUGCAAAAAACAAUGCACUGCAGACACCCCUCCACGUUGCUGCACGCAAUGGCUUGAAGGUGGUCGUUGAGGAGCUAUUGGCCAAAGGGGCUUGUGUACUUGCUGUAGAUGAAAAUGGUCAUACCCCGGCCCUGGCUUGUGCUCCUAACAAAGAGGUGGCUGACUGCCUGGCCCUCAUUCUGGCUACCAUGAUGACUUUUUCUCCUUCCAGCACAAUGACGGCUGUCAACUUCGUUUGUUUUAAAAAAGACAGUUUGAGCAGGACGACCCUCUCCAACCUGGGUAGCAUGGUUAGCCUGUGCAGUAACAACGUAGGCUCGGAGGAUGGGUACAAUGAAAAUGAUUCUGAUUCGGAAACAUUCUGACUUUGGACUGUAGCAGCUUUUCCUUGAUCACCCAUGUUGGAGCAAGGGAAAGAAGUUCGAAUUCCAGGUUAAUGUUGUGUUCCAGUAUUAUUAUGGGCCCAAGCUUCCAGAAGCCAGUAGAGAAGGAAUUCAUCAAACCGAGGGAAGGCAGCUAGGCUGUAGGGCAAAGCACCCACCCAGAUGGGCCUCAAUUUUGAUUUGUUUCAUGUUUUCCUUAGAUCCAAGAUACUUCUAUGGAAAGUCUACCUCUCAUUUUAAGUAAGGAAUGAAAAAUGCAUUUAAUUCUUUUUCUUUGAGGAUCAUGCAAUUAUUGAGAGGGAGCUGUUCUCUGUAAAGCUGUUUUUUUUGUUUGUUUUUUUCAUGUACUUACUCAACCGUGAGUUCUCAGAAGUAUAUCAUUGUGACAUUCAUGACCCCAAGGAGGGGAAGGAAGGGGUGGAUAGGAAAUGCCUCAAACCUCUUCUCACUUUGAUGUUUACCUCCUCACUAGAAGCCAAAGGUAGAGGUGUUCAUCUUCAGAAAUAAUGCCUGUAAUAAUCUUUUCAAGGGAGUCCAAUUAUUCAUAUUCUCUCGACAGUAAGCCCUUAAAUAUCCAGAACUUCUUUUUGAGGAUUUUUGUGACAGUUGCCAGAGGAAGGGAAAAAUUCAUUGAAAACCAAACUCGCUUUCUUCAUUUAACACAAACACCGCACCCAGUGCUCCCCGUAACAAGCCUGCGACUAAUUUUAACCUGAUUCAUUGAGUCCCAAUCUCUUUAGUAACAUUUCAGGAGAAAAGUGUAUUAAACCAAAACCUUGAGACAUAUGCAGAUGUAAUAUGAAACCACCCUUUGUACAUCAAAAUACUAGUUUCAUAAAAGCCUAAGAACCAUCAGUGUUGUUCCUCAAGAGUAAAAUGUGAAAUGAGCUCCCCAGUCAAGGUCAUGACCAAUGAGUGGAAAUGUGACGACCAAAGGGAACAAAGAAAGUGAAAACAUGGGGUAGACAUGGGUGAUAUGGAAAUUAAAACCAGUUAAAGUUGCUUGAGGAUGAAAUCACCAUAGUGAAUACUGUGCUCCCUCUGCCAAAGCUUCUAGGUCAAAUGGACCCCGUUUCGCACCUGGAUUAGCUGUACAAAAAGAAGAAUGAGACUCUUUAAAUUAUGCACUUAAACACGCACACAUAUGUGUAUGUGUAUAUAUGUCUGUAGUUCAUCAGCCAGCUAUACAUGAGGACCAAAAUGCUUCAAUCUAAAAUGGAAGAUUUAAAUUGUUUUCCUUCAAAAUGAAAAUGAGAACUGAAAUAGCUUUUCUAUGGAGUUAAAAAUGUAAUCUUUUUGUGUAACAGUCUUUGUUGUGUUUUAUAUUUCUUACGACACAGAUUUCUAGUUGAUGGCUUAACAUUUGUUAACUGGUAAUGUGUUGACCAUGGCUUAUUUUUUGCCAAACUAGAGAAAAUGUUCCUAUACUUUUGAUGUAAAUGUGUUUAUAUUUAUUUGAAACAAACAAAUGCCCGAGGAAACAUCCAUUGUUUAUUCUCUGUUUUAACUGCUAUGUGUCUUACUUGGAAUAAUGACAAAGCCGGAAAAUACAAAUACUGCUGGCUUGCAGUCCUGGGGCCAAGCCCAGCAUUUCCAUUGCUAAGGUUUCCAUCCGACCCUCAGGCUCUUCCACGUCGGUUGGAAAGGGUUACAACAUCCAGUUCUCAACCCCAGCGUGCAACCAGCUCAGAGCUUAGAAGACACUGCAGUCCUUAAGCUCGUCUGCAAAAUGAAAAUGGAAGUGUGUAGUGAAUCAUAUGCACCAAGGUGGGCCAAAGAAAGAUGCAGAAAUUAUCCUGAAUAUGCUGAAAAUCUCACAUGGUCCCAGUAACCUAACAGGAAACUGUGUCAGUGAGUGGGUGCAUGUACCAAGAAGAGAAAUAAAAAAUCACCAGCUCAAGUGCUAUUUUCCGCUUGAGGAAAAGACAGGAAAGAAACAUGUUGUAUUAGGGUAGUCCUCUCUGACGUUUUAACAUCUUAUUAUCAGUUCCCUUUCCAUCUUGGAAAUUUCUACUUGAUAACGUAUGUGAGAUAGUUUAAAAACAGUGUUCUAUCGUAUCUGGAUCAAAUGCAGAUACUGUAUUAUAUAUUUCAUCUAACUGUAAAAGACUUCAGUCUUACUCUGUAAUAUUCUGGAUUUAAUUAAAAACUCACAUUGGGUUCUUCACAAAUGAGAACUUGUUCAAAGAACUUGUAAGAACUGGUAUGAAUUUCACUGAAAAUUUUUGACACCACCACCAUUGCUUUUUUUAAUUCUCGGUUUUGUGUUCCCCUCCUUCCUGCAUCCCUGUUGUUUGUUUUGAGAAGAUGAGUAUUUUAAAAAGUAGAUAAAUUGCUAAUAAGCAAUAAUGACCUCAUCUUUACCAAAACCCUGGAAAUAUGGGAGAUCUAACGCUGAAGAAGCAUGAUAUACUGCGGUGUCUUUUUCUAGAAGUGAGUGGAAGUCUUGCUCAGUUGGAAUUUCCAGCAGGAAAUGCGAUGCCUGCUUUAAUGGGGAAGCAGCAUUAACAUUUUUCCUGUAGAGUAGCACAGAGAACAAGAAACAUUGCAGCAGAGCAGUGACAGCCAUGCAAGAUUAUCUCCAUGGAGCUGCGUUCUGACUUCCCCCGGCUCUUUCCCUGAUAGGAAGAAGGAGGACAAAGGAACGAAAUGAAAUCAUGCUAUGAAUUGUGCAUUGAAUCAGUUCUUUAUCCCCCACUCUAUUUCUCCCUUUUCCCAAGACCAAAUUUUUUACCUUGAACAAGUGACUUUAAAAACUCUGAGUUUUGUGUUUUUCAUAUACAUCUCUUAGUAAUACAACUAGAUUUGUCGCAUACCUUUCUAAGAAAAAAACAGAAAACAUUGCGCUUUUAAUUGAGUCCUGGUUGUUGAGUGCUUUUCUAAAUGUGUUGGUUUGGGGACUGUAUUUUAACCACAGUCACAGGGAUCAUGUUUCAUCACCCUUUCCUAUUUGCCAUGUCUGCCUAUCCUUGGUAAAUACAUUACUGUCUCCAAAUUGCCUAAAAUCUGCUCUGAUUCUACAGUAAAUAGCUCAGGGGAUUUCUAUUUAUCACUACUAAAAGGGCACCAUAGUAUGUUUUGGUACUUUAGGCAGUAACUAGCUGCUUGGUUUAUUAUUUUAUUCUUAAAUUAGAGCAAGAACAUCAAAUGGAUUUGCUGCACUAGUAGUAAUUCUUCGUACUGUUGAGCAACUAGGUUUGCUUAUCUGUUGUGUUGGUUGAAGAACUCAUCCCUUUUUUUGUCUUGUAAUAUGAAGUUAGAGUGCCUUUUUAUAUUUGUAUAUUCUGAAAAUGUUCUGUGAAAUGUUUUGUAUUUUUCAUUUGAGUGUUCUCAGAGCAAUAUAAUAAGUGAGUUUUCAUUUCAGCCUUUCUUUGAAUGUAUAAAGUGUCUUUUUCCCCUUUCCCCUCUUACCUGCUUUGAAAUGAAAAUGAAGAUGCUGAAGUUUUCUAUAGGAAUUAUGUUUGAUUUUGCAGUACUAAAAUGCUUUCUUCUUACGAAACUGUAAACCAUAGGUCAGUGUUAUAGGGGAAAAGCGUUUUAAGAUAGUGACAAUCUGAGUGUGUGUAUAAAGUGUAACUCUAUGCGUUUCUUAUGCAGUGAUCUAAAAACUCAAUGCAAAUAUCUUUUGUUUGGUAGUUUUGUCUAUAUAUUUUAUGCUUUAGCAUGUGCAAUAUAUCUUUGCAAAGCGCGAUGAUACAAAUCUGGUGCCAGUGUUAUAUUUUGCAUAAAAUAUUUGUAACAGCAUAAAAUAUUGUUUGAUAAUUUCAGUGGGAUUUUGUCUGUAAUGUUUUCUUAUGUAAAUUGGAAUUGAAUGAUUCUGGUAAAUGUCAUGACUGUAAAAAUGAGGAAAUGACUUUUAGUUCAGUGAAUGACUUUGAACCAGUCUGAAUCUUCUCAAGCACAGUUUAAUACUUUUUCAACUACUGAAUGCUAAUAAUGUAAUGAAGUACUUAACUGUAAUAUACUAUGGAAAUGCAUUCAGAUGGUUAUUUUUACAAAUAAAAGCGGUACAAAUAUUGUUGCAA